CCCGAUUCCACACCACUCCAAUCAAAAUUUCGACUUCGAUUCCAUUUUUGAGAAUUGUGCAUUUGUAAUUUCUUCACAACUUAUAUCAAUCACCACGCAUGGAUCAACCUGUUCAUAAUCAAGAUCAAGAAUAUAUUACAAUCGAAGACGAUGAAAUCACUAAGCCGAAUUCCGAUUCCGAAUCAAAUACCAAAGUAGCUGUUCCCAGCUACUGGCAAUCUGGAAUUUUCAGAAACAACAACCAGUUGAUGUUGCAUAGAGUUGAGAAAGGAACCAGUGAAUACGUGAAUGUCUCUAGGAGUUUUAUCACUGGGAUGAGGAGUUUCGAGAACCAUGUUGACGUCGUUGCGAUUCACCGGAAGAAUUAUAAAUGGAGUGUGAUGGAUGAGGCUCGCGCGGAGGCGUUUAGGCGUUUUGCGACGGCGGUUGCCAAUAGAAACGGCGGAGAUCCUAACAUCAGGUUUGGUUGGUACGGCGGUUUUCGUGAAGACAUUCGUGACAUUUUGUGUUAUGGUUUUCGUCGAUUGGAAAACACUUCGUCAUCUUAUGGCCGCGGUGUUUACUUCUCUCCGGUGAACAAUUCAAAUGCGAGUCAAAAAUCGAUAAUAGCUGAUUCAGAUGGCGUGAUGCAUGUCUUACUAUGUCGCUUGAUUUUAGGGAAACUCGAACCAAUUCCUUUUGGUUCACAAAUCGAUCAACCGACAUCGACAGAAUUCAAUUCGGGUGUCGAUAAUCUUUCAUCACCCAAGAUAUACAUCAUUUGGGAACCUUACAUGAACACCUUCGUUCUUCCCCUUUUCAUCGUCUCUUUCAAAGCAAAUUCAUUAAUAGGAGUAAGAAAGGAAAGGUGGCAUGCUAUGAUGAAAAUUCUGAUGACGAACUUCCCCAAGUAUCUGAGUUCUUCAAAGAUGGCUUUUGUUAAAAAGCUUCAUUAUGAUUUUUAUAAAAAGAAGAUAUCAGGAGAAACAUUCGUAAGAAACUUACGGAUAAUUGCUGGAGAAGAUAUUAUAAGGGAGAUAAUUCGAGUUCAUAAUACAUCGUAAAAGGCCAUAUUUGUUGAUGAUAUCGUUAAAUAUUAUAUCGUUUUUGGGUGAAAUGUUUUGGGAUUUUGUUAAUUGUAUAUGAAGG